GAAAUAAUGGAUUGACGGAAAUUGGAAUAGGCAGCCGCGCUUUGUGCCGACCUCUGGGCUCUGGUCCUACCGCCGCCGCCCCGUGGAAGGAAGAAGAAACGGCCUCCCCGUCUUCCUCCCACUUUCCUCUGUUCUCCCCCAGUCUCCGGUAUAUUCUCCCCCAAAGCGCUUCGCCUCCUCUCUGAUCCCGCCGCGAAGCAAGGGCUCGCCAUGGAGUCCGGCGCCAGCGGUGCGGAGGCCCGGAUCGAUGGAUCCGCCGACCCCGGCAGCUCCGCCGGCGGCGGCUACCGGCCCUCUGUGCACCAGAUCGUCGGCAGCGGGAAAGCUGCCGAUAUCAUCUUAUGGAAGUGUAGACGUGCUACAGUUGGUCUUAUAUUUGGUGCUACGAUGGCAUGGUGGUUAUUCGAGAAGUCAGAACUGUCAUUCUUGACGAUCUGUUGUGAUGUACUGCUGAUUUUGAUAGUUGUACAGUUCAUAUGGGUGAAAAUAUCUGGGUUGCUAAAUAAGCAACCUAGGCCACUACCUGAGUUAGUUCUAUCAGAGGAGAUGGUUAACAAUGCUGCAGCAUCAUUCCGUGUUAAAGUCAACAGCAUGCUGAUGGUUGCACAUGACAUUACUCUUGGCAAGGACUUCCGGCUCUUUUUCCAGGUUGUGUCUAUCCUCUGGCUGCUAUCUGUCAUUGGCAAUUUCUACUCUUCUAUAACUCUUGCUUAUAUAGGAACCAUUGCUUUGGUGACAGUACCUGUACUGUACCAUAGACACCAGGAGAACGUGGAUAUGUAUGCAGGAAUGCUCCACCGAAAUAUCUCAAGGCAUUACAAGAUAGUUGAUGAAAAUGUUAUAAGCAGACUGCCGAGAAGCUUUAUCAGAGAUAAGGACGAGUGAUCUGUCUCGAAAAUUUGACGCUGUCAUGUUUUCCCCAUUACAGCGUUGAGUGUGUUUUGUUGUUGUAUUUCUACGUCAUAGGUUGCAUGAAAAUAGUAGUUUAGGUCAGUGGAAACCGAAACUUGCUGUAGCUUGCAGGUACCACUUCAAUGUACUGCCGACCAAGAUCAAUAUGUUCGAAAACAAAACGAUAUGCAUUAAACUGGAGCACCUCACCCAAAGAGUUAACAUUUGACUCUUGAGUUGGUUUUUGCAACAAAGUGAGCUGCAUGUUCUUAAA